CUUGUAUAUAUUUUUCUUUUGGUUUAGAUGUUAUUUUCCUCCAUUUAAAGUGUGUGUCCGAGAGGCAAGCAAGAAGCAACAUCGACCACACCCAGAGGCUGCCUGCCACCAUGAUGUCAUCGCCACCGGAGCUCAAUGUCCUCGAGAUAUGUCGAGUGUCUCCACCGCCCGGAGCAGUGGCGGAGUCCACUUUGCCGCUCACCUUCUUUGACAUAGGGUGGUUGUACGCUGGAUCGGUGGAACGAGUCUUCUUCUAUGCCUUCCCCGUCUCCACCUCGCAAUUCAUAGACUCCGUCGUCCCCAGCCUCAAGUCCUCCCUCUCACUCGCUCUCCAGCACUUCUACCCUCUCGCCGGCAAGAUCCGCCGCUCGCCCGGCAGCGUCGACAAGUACGAAAUACACUACGCCGACGGCGACUCGGUCACGUUCACUCUAGCGGAGCACGAUGAUGACUUCGACGACAUCUCCGGUAGCCAUCCACGUGAACUGAUCAGGCUACUUCCCUUGGUUCCGCAGCUGCCGCAGCCCGACGACGAUAACCACGGUAUGCGACUGCUGGCGUUGCAGGUGACCGUGUUCCCGGGCCGAGGCAUCGCCGUCGGUGUAACAGUACACCACGCCGCCUGCGACGGCUCGAGCUCCGUGCGCUUCCUGUCGUCCUGGGCCUCUGCAUGUGCCCGACCCGGACGGCUAGGGCCGGCGCCGCCCGUCCUCGACCGGAGCUUGAUUUCAGAUCCGAAGGGCCUGUAUCCCAUCUUCUUCAAGAGCCUGGCCACCGACCGCCCGGUUACGGAGCCGCUGAUGAACCAGGCGGUCCCACCAGGCGCCGUCAUCAGCUCCUUCACUCUUAAGGGGGAUCACAUCGGGAGGUUGAAGGAGCUCGCUUCCUCCACGGCCAAAGCCAAAGCCGAGGAGGGCGGCGCUUCCCUCCGCUGCUCCACCACCGUGGUGACCUAUGCUUACGCGUGGGUUUGCCUGGUCAAAACACGGGCAUUCGCCGACGGCAGGAUCGCCCACUUCGCAUUUGCCGCUGACUGCAAGGCAAGGCUGCGACCGCCGGUGCCCGCAACGUACUUCGGGAACUGCCUCGUGGCCUGCUUCGUCGAGAUGAAGGCAGGCGAGCUUACGGGAGAAGACGGGGUUGCAGCGGCAGCCAUAGCCAUCAGCAAAGUCGUACAAGGAUUCAUAGAUGGACCAUUGGAAGGAGCGGAGGAGUUGCCGGAGAAGUACAAAUCAGUCGCAUCUGAGCAAGCACUUAGUGUUGCGGGGUCACCCAAGCUCAGAGUCUACGAGGUGGACUUCGGUUGGGGAAAGCCGAAGAAGGUGGAGGUCAUCUCCAUCGUGAGGACAGGAGCUAUGUCAGUGGCGGAGAGCAGAGAAGAAGAGGGAGGGGUGGAGAUUGGUUUCGUGCUACCAGAGCUCGAAAUGGAUAAGCUGAAGGCUCAUUUCUCUAGUGGCCUCAAACUGUUGGAAUGAGCAACCCAUUUCUAUCUGAGAAUAAUGGAUCAAGUGUUGUAGAAUCCUCACACCAAGUACUACUUGUGAUCUUUGUUUAAGCUUAGUGCAAAUUGGAUGAUCUAAUACAUAGCUGCUAUUGCUCGUCUUAAAUACAA